UCGAAAACGUAACGCUUUAAAAGAGACGUUUCCUCUCCGUCCUUCUUGCCCUGCAAUUAAUUUCCACCUCCGCCACCUCUGUAAUUAAUUUCCUGUUCUGUGACUUCUGUCCAUCUCUUCUUUAGUUUUGCCUACUUCAUUACUACUAAGCAAGCAAAAAUGAUUCUGAAUCUUGGCCCAGUAGCCUUCCCAACCCAAAAUGCCAAGUCUUCAAAAAUCUUGAUGGCCUCCACCUCCCAAUCCACUGCUACAAGUUUCAGGGAGAAGGUAAAUGUAGAAAGAUCCUACCGCCCUGCCAAAGAGGUGCAUUUUCAAAUAACUCAUUCCAUGCCACCACAAAAGAUUGAGAUUUUCAAAUCCUUGGAGGGUUGGGCUGAGAAGAACUUAUUGACACUUCUAAAGCCUGUUGAGAAGUCCUGGCAGCCGCAGGAUUUUCUGCCAGAACCUGACUCUGAAGAGUUCUACGAUCAGGUUAAGGAGCUGAGGGAAAGAACAAAGGAACUUUCUGAUGACUAUUUUGUGGUGUUGGUUGGGGAUAUGAUAACAGAAGAAGCAGUCCCAACAUACCAAUCAAUCCUCAACACCCUGGAUGGAAUUCAGGAUGAGACUGGUGCGUCUCUCACUCCAUGGGCAAUCUGGACUCGGGCUUGGACUGCUGAAGAGAAUAGACAUGGAGACCUUCUUAACAAGUAUCUUUACCUCUCCGGACGUGUAGACAUGAGACAAAUUGAGAAGACAAUUCAAUAUCUUAUAGGCUGCGCAAUGGAAUCUAAAUUUGAGAACAACCCCUACCGAGGAUUCAUUUACACUUCGUUCCAGGAGAGAGCGACAUUUAUCUCCCAUGGUAACACAGCCAAACUAGCUAAGAAGCAAGGAGAUAUUAAGCUAGCACAGAUAUGCGGAACCAUUGCCGCUGAUGAGAAACGCCAUGAAACUGCAUAUGUUAAGAUUGCUGAGAAGCUAUUUGAGAUUGAUCCGGACACUACUGUCUUGGCUUUUGCUGACAUGAUGAGGAAAAAAAUUACAAUGCCAGCCCAGUUGAUGUACGAUGGCCAGGAUUAUAACCUUUUCGAUCACUACUCGGCUGUUGCACAGCGUCUUGGAGUCUAUACUGCUAAAGACUAUGCUGAUAUUUUGGAAUUUCUUGUGGGAAGAUGGAAAGUAGACAAGUUGACAGAUCUUUCUAGCGAGGGACGUAGAGCUCAAAAUUUUGUAUGUGGAUUGGCUCCACGGUUCAGAAAGUUGGAGGAGAAAGCUCAAGAAAGGGCCAAGAAAGCUCCCUCAAUUCCAUGUAGCUGGAUUUUUGGCAGAGAAAUACAACUCUAAGCUUCAUGUUCUGGCUCCUAAUACUACACCAACUGUGACCUGCUAGGUCACUGAGUUUUGCAUUUUAGAUUUUAUACUGUGAUAAACGUUCUCCUUAAUGUCGUCCUUUUCUAAGCU